GGGACGUGGAGCGAGCGAGCGGGGCUGCGGGAGGAGGGCCUCUGGAGUUGCAGCCCCACCACAGCCGCGUCCUGCUGCUCGGCACGCUCACGGCGCGUUCGUCCCCCCGCAGCUCGCACCAUGCCCAACCCCGCCGCGCUGCCGCUGCUGCUGCUGCUGUCCCUGCGCUGGGUGCCGGCGGGCGGCGACGCGCUGCUCCCCCCGCUGUCGGCCGCGUCGUUCCUGCAGGAUCUCCUGCGGCGCUACGGGGAGGGCGAAGCGCUGAGCCUGGAGCAGCUGAAGGCGCUGCUCAACCGCCUGGAUGUGGGAGUGGGGCGCGGCAACGGCUCGCAGCCCCGCGCCAACGUGUCCCGGUGCUUCAGCUCGGCCGAGCUGUUCGCCGCGCACAACCUGAGCGAGGGCUCCGUGCUGGGCGCCGCGGAGCUGCGCGCCUUCUGCCCCGCCGUCCUGCAGCAGCUCGAGUCGGCGGCGUGCGCUGCCGAGAACCUGGAGAACGAGGAGAACGAGCAGACGGAGGAGAGCAGACCCAGCUCGGCUGAAGCGUGGGGCUUUGGUUUUCUCAGUGUGUCGAUGAUAAACGUGGCCUCGCUGCUCGGCCUCCUCAUCGUCCCCUGCACCCAGAAGGCCUUUUUCAGCCGCGUCCUCACGUUUUUCAUCGCGCUGUCCAUCGGCACGCUGCUCUCUAACGCGCUCUUCCAGCUCAUCCCAGAGGCGUUCGGCUUCAACCCUCAAGAAGAUUAUUACGUCUCCAAAUCCGCCGUGGUGUUCGGGGGCUUCUACCUGUUCUUCUUCACGGAGAAGAUCCUGAAGAUGCUGCUGAAGCAGAAGGACCCGCACCACCACGGGCACAGCCACUACGGCGCCGAGGCUCUGCCCUCCAGGAAGGACCGGGAGGAAGGCGUCACCGAGAAGCUGCAGAACGGGGACCUGGACCACAUGAUCCCGCCCGUCAGCAGCGAGAUGGAGUGCAAGAGCCCUGCUGGCGACGGGAAGGUCGUGGUGGGAUCGCUGAGCGUCCAGGACCUCCAGGCCUCGCAGAGCGCCUGCUACUGGCUGAAGGAGGUGCGCUACUCCGACAUCGGCACGCUGGCCUGGAUGAUCACCCUGAGCGACGGGCUGCACAACUUCAUCGACGGCUUGGCCAUCGGGGCCUCCUUCACCGUGUCGGUCUUCCAAGGCAUCAGCACCUCCGUGGCCAUCCUGUGCGAGGAGUUCCCGCACGAGUUGGGGGAUUUUGUCAUCCUGCUGAACGCCGGCAUGACCAUCCGCCAGGCGCUCUUCUUCAACUUCAUCUCGGCCUGCUGCUGCUACGUGGGGUUGGCCUUCGGCAUCGUGGCCGGCAGCCACUUCUCUGCCAACUGGAUCUUUGCCCUGGCCGGCGGGAUGUUCCUGUACAUCGCGCUGGCUGACAUGUUCCCCGAGAUGAACGAGGUGAGCCGGGAGGACGAGCAGAACGGCAGCGCGCUCGUCACCUUCGCCAUCCAGAACGCGGGGCUGCUGACGGGCUUCAGCAUCAUGGUGCUGCUCACCAUGUACUCGGGGCAGAUCCGCAUCGGGUAGGCCCGGCCCGCGGCGGAGCCCUGCGCCAGUUUUCCCUUUAUUUUGGGGGGGGGGUUAGGGGAUUUUUUUCUUUCCUUUCCUGCUGCAAACAUCCGUCGGUAGCCGUGCAGGCGCUGGCGUCACGGAACACUACAGAAGAGGCUUUGCUUCCAAAGCUUUCCCACGGGCCCCCCGUUAGCACCAGGCUGUGGCCCCUGCGCCGCAGGACGGAGCCGAGCCCAGCAUCUCAGCACCGCGUUCCUUUUCCCCUCACGGCUCGGGGGAAGGAUGGAGUCGGGGCGCAGAGCUGCGCCGCUGCCCGUUGGUGUCGGAGCUGCGCGAUGCGGUGACGCGGGGCUGGCGCUGGACGCGAGCUGCCUGCUGCUGCUCAGAACCAACGGGCGCCCAGAGACGGGAAAUGGGCGGCGCGAGGGGCGGGCGCCUCUCAGGACUCGGAGAUCCUCGGAGCAGCGCCGGGCCGAGGGCGGCCGUGGGAGCAGAGGAGCUGCGGAGGCUCCGUGAGCACAGCUCGCCACUCGAGGCUCUUGUUGCUGCCCCUACAACCAGCCCUGGAGCUGCUCUGCUCCGUUCUGCCCGGGGCGAGGAGGAGCAGGAAGGGGGCUGUUCUAUGGCUGUUCUAUGGCUGUUCUAUGGCUGUUCUAUGGCUGUUCUGUUCUAUGGCUGCGGGUGGCGGCGCUCGCAGCAGAGGAGACCAAAGCACGGCACGCACGGCCUGAGCUGCAGUGCGAUGCAAAGUGCUGCUGUGAGCAGAACGAACCUGCUGCUCUGGGAGCAAGGAGGGCAGAGCGCAGAGCAGGGCAGCGAGCCGCAGCCCCACCAAGGGCGGCCACAGCCUGCAGUGUGAGCACACAGACAGCGGGGAACAGAGGCCUGCUUUUAAACGCUGCUGCUGCGGCGCAGAGGUGCUGGGGGGGGAGGGGCGCCUUGGUGGUUUUUUUUGUUGUUUUUUUUUUCCUAAAACAAACCAGAAAAAGGAAAAGAGACUGCGAACCUCCUCGGGUUGUGCACUGCCAGCCCUUGGAGGAGCCACGGUGGCGCUGGAGGCGCAGCACAGCCCUGCCUCUGCGUUCCCUGGGUGAAUCGGCCCGUUAUCACAUUGAUGACGCUGCCCACCCCUGCGAUUCCUCGCGCCCCUUCCUCCCCCCACCAGCAGCGGGGCUUCGUGGACGUGGAGCCCCCUGUGGGAACUGGGAUGGAAAUGGAACUGGAGGUGCUUUGUGCUGAGCGCCUCCGCUGCUCCCUGCCCGUGUGACGGAGCGCUGGGCGUUCAGCCACUGCGGGUCGGAGCCGAGGCUCUCCAAAAUCUUCCACCCGUGUUGGAAGGAAUGGGGGCACCGUGGUUCCGCUUCACCUCCCAGCUGCUCACCCUGAGAGCGGUGCAGGGCGCCGUCCUGCAGCACCGCUGUGCUUCCAGCAGCUCGGGGAGCCGCUGCCUUGUCCCACGGGCGGCCAGCAGGUUGAACAGCAGAGCUGGAGCCGGGAGCCUUGGCAGCGGCCCUGGCCCACGUGGCACCUUCGCAGGACGGGCGCCGGGUGGAAAGUCAGGAGCCCCAGCGAUGCAGCUGGGAGGGAGGGAAAGCUCCGUGCCUCUGCAGCCUCACCGACACGGUGUGGAAAAACCGACUCCUCGGAGGGAUGGGGUCUGCCUGCCCCCUCAGGGCAGCGUUUGGAAAGCACUGUGCUGCUGCUGCUGGGGCAGAGGGCAGCGCCGGAACCCCGGGGCUGAGCAGGGCCAAGGAAAAGCCUUCGUGCUGGAGGCGAGCGGGGAAAACCUUUGGGCUGCACCCGAGCACCGCAGCGCUGGGGGUCCUCUGCGUCCCACGGAGCUGAGAACCAACUCUGCAGUGGGGAUGGAGAGUCCGUGUCCUCAUCUCGUGUUGAAUCCCUUGUUUUGCCCGUUGACUCGAGACGUCUGCAGCCCAUCCGCGCAGCCCUGGAGGAAGGAGCUCCUUGCAGAGGGCAGCCCCCCGUCCCCGAAGGGAUGCUGCUGGUUUCUGGCUGUUCUGGGGGGGAGGAGACGCCCCCCUCAGCCGAGGGCCGGUGGGAGGAGCUGCAGCCUUUGGACGGCACUGACUUUGGAUUUGUGCCGUCGUUUCCACGCCCAGCAGCAGCUCAGGCCGCAUCUCAGUAUUUUAUAACUCAGGUGUUGUCGAAAACCAGGAGCGUGAGGCGGUGCUGCGCGAGCUGCAAAGUCCUUUGUACGGCUCCACCAAUAAACGAUGUUCCGUAACGACGGGACGGCGGCGCUCACAGCUCCCGUUUCUCCACGGGCCGGGGCUGCGUCCCCUCCCCGCCCCCCGCUGCUGGGCCGCCUUCAAGUCGAACAAACUCCUUUUUCUGCCUCCUUUCGUUGCGUUGCCCUCGGCAUCUCGCGAUGCUCGGCGCUGCGCUCCUCUCCCCGGAUUCGUGCCGUCGCCCCCCUGCAUGGAGAGGAAAAAGGAAGAAAAACACCCCCCCCCCCCCCCCCAUUUUGCCUUUCCAGGCCGCUUUCCGCUGCUUUUCACAGCGGGAGCUCAUUGCUCGGAAGCCCAUCUCGGCACAAACACCCUCAAAAUAAAAACAGGAAAACGGCUGCAGUGA